AUGUUGAAACAAGUGACGCCGGAGAAAGCUAUCAAUAUUAUUUGGCUCAGCGUAGCUUUGACAUUCUGUUGGCCGCUUUCAGCGAACAGUAACAAAACAGAAAUCUUAGGCUACAAAAUUAUGCAAAUUUGUGCAAUCAUCAGCGUUUGUUUGCUACUCUUGCCAUCGAUAUACCUGAUCUACUUGUGCUCGGACGAUAUGGAAGUUAUUUCGAAAAGUGUGAGCCAAUUGAUAUGCGAGGUUCAAUGUAUCAUUCAGACCGUUAUAUGUUUCUGCAAGCACGACACUCUGCAACGCCUAGUCGAAGAGCUGUGGACAUGCAUCAAACAGGCCCAACCACACGAGAGGAAGAUUUUCUGCACGUAUCUCGUGAGAUACAGCACGUUGUACGGAGGUUAUCUGGCGAUUGCUUACGUGAUGGCGUUCCUAUUCACGAUCGGGCCUCUGAUCUUUCCAUUUGCCGUUUUGAUACAAGUGGAAUAUCCAUUCGACGUUAAUCGUACGUUAGUGAUUGCUGUUAUACGUGCGCAUCAGAUCGUCGUUUGCUAUCAAUGCUGCGCGCAUAUGUGCCUAUGCGUGUUCGGGGCGCUUUUAAUCUGGUUCACGGCUGCGAGAUUCGAAUGCUUGAUCGUGGAAGUGCAGAGAAGUACCGACAUUCGUAUGCUGGUCCUUUGCAUCGAGAAACAAUUACGUUUGGAGAGAUACGCGAAAGAAGUGGUUAAUUGUUUUCGUUUUAUGGUACUUUUUGUUAUAGCAGCGUGCACGUUUGUCAUGACGCUAUCCGCCAUUGUGAUGGUUAUGAAUACACCGCUAAUGGUAAAAAUAAUGUACACAACCAUGACUUCGUACUUUGUCAUGUACAUUUAUAUGUAUGCGUGGCCAGCUAAUCAUAUGAAAGACAUGAGUUUAACCGUUUCACGAAGUGUGUACGAUUUAAAGUGGUACGAAUGUACCGCGAAACUGCAGAAAUAUCUACUGAACAUGUUGAUGUAUCGAAAACCGGUGAUCCUUUCUAUCAGUUGUCUAGUGCCAGAACUUUCUUUGCGCUACUAUUGCUCGUAUUUGUCGAAUGCUCUCUCUUUUUGUACCGCUUUACGUGCUAUACUGGAAGGGAAUAAAACAUAGACGUGUUUAUAUGUAUAUGGUCAUAAUUAGUAUACAUUAUAUACUAACUCGUUAGGAUUGUUAAAAUGAAAACUCAUGAUAGUCAUGAGUAGAACU